AUGGAGGCCUCCAUAUUGAGUAUGCAACUGAAGUGCAUUUCUGUUACUUCGCCCUUCAGAGGGACCUACGGAGUUCAGGUUACCCACAAGAAUCUCUGUACCAACGCCCCUCCUGAGGAAGAUACUUCACCUCUGGUUCCCAUUUCCCCUUAUCGAGAUGAACCCUGGAAAUAUCUGGAUUCAGAAGAAUACCAGGAAUGCUAUGGAUCUAAUCCAGUAUGGGCCAACUACCGACCCAACCACAAAGGUGGAAUACCUCAACAGAGGACCCGAAAGAUGUGUAUUCAAAAAAAAAAUGAGGUUGCUGGGAACCCCUGCCCCAUCUGCAGGGAUCAAAAGCUGCACUUUGACUUUAGGAACAUGAAGCUCUUGGAACAGUUCAUCUGCACCCACACUGGUACCAUUUUCCAUGCUCAUUACACAGAAGUCUGUAUGAAGCAACACAAGAAGUUGACGCAGGCCAUCAGAGAUCAUGGUCUCCUCAGUUACCACAUUCCUCAGGUUGAACCUUGGGACCUCGACUUCAGUACUUCUCAUGGAACUGGUAGUACUACUCCAACAACACCCACAUUGGUUUCAGGUGACUCCUGGUACCCAUGGUAUGCCUGGACACAACCACCAGAGAAAGAGCUGCCCUGCCUUCGUCAGCUCUAUCAGGGUCAUCUCGCAGAGAAGAGUGGGCCCCCUCCUGAGAAAAUGCCACGUUUGUCUGUCACACACUCAGCUGAAGCUUCUACCACUGAUGAGCAAACUCCCCAGACCUCCCUAAAUAACACGGACAGGCUUGUGUCCACAUCAGGGACUGCAUUGUGGUGGUGUUUGAAAAGCUGGAAUAUCUUCUUUGUUAGCUUCUUCUUUCCUCUCCCUCUCACUGAUUCUCCCUUAGGGGCACAUAGGUAA